GACCAUUUAAAUCUCCACUGGACUUCUGAAUGUUCCCCAGUGUCUCACACCACCUAAAUCCAACAGCACAGAGAGAAGAACCUGGAAGACUUGUGUCUACAUCUGGUUUAACUGGAUCUGAAAUUUGGAAAACAACAUUUGACUUGAGGAGAUCAGGGUUAUCAUUUCAACCAGGGAGGAAUCAGAGGAAUCAACUCAAUGAUUAUAGACGACAGGAAAGAAAACAAAGAGGAGCAGCAGCUGCCAGUUAAAGACACAAGUGUCAAGCUGGCAGGCCAGGACAAAGAUCCAGAGGUCCAGCAUGGGGUCAAGCCCCAGGAGAAAGAGUUAAAUGGUGACGACCCCUUAAACUCCCCAACCAAUGACAAAAUGGUGCGAGCCGAGCUGGACUGGACGGUUCCCAUGUGUGUGCACCUACCCAUUGAAGUUCUCAACCCUGACCAGGCGUUUCCCUUCCUGAACACCACACUCGCUGACCUGGGCAUCGAAGAAUCAGCGGUGAAGGAGCGUGUGGUGUGGGUGGACACUAAGCGCACCCGGGUGAAGGGGAAGUCUGGGAAGCUGAAGGAGAAGGAGGUGACCGUUCUGGAGGUGCGCGUGAAAGCGCAGCACCCUGGAGAGCGUCAGUGUCAGGAGGUUCUCUACAGCACUGAGUCCAACACCGACCGCUCCUUCUGCAGAAGCGGGGUGGACAUCAUCCCGUGGAGACACACACAGCCAGCUGAAAAUGAACUACAGCCGGUGGCAAUGACUCUGGCUUUGGACACAGUGUCAGAGUCCAAGACCAAAUGGCUGAAGACAGAAGAAAAACGAGACUUGCCAAGCGAGGAGUGAAUGGUAGACGUUUGACAGCUAGGCUAAAGCAAUCUAACACCUCAGAUGACACAGAAGCCACUUUCAGGUUUUGGGCGUUUUAAACUGGUCCCCAACAGUCCAAAUUAUAUGUGCUAUGCUGCAAUUGAAGGAUAAAUUUUACUUAUUUUAUCAACACAAGUUUUGUGGGUAAUGUUCUGCAAAAAGGGGUUUCAAAAUGCUGUUUUUUGUAUUUUAGAUUAUUCAUAAAUUUCAUCAGGGACAGCUUUACCAACGCAAAAUGUGUAUCUAUAUGAAAUAAAUCUUUAUUACUUUAACGUUCAAUAGUUGGGGGUCAGUUACUUUAUAAUUUUUUUUUUUUUUUUUUACUUUUAUUCAGCAAAGAUUAAUUAAACCAAUCAAAAGUGACCGUAAAGACAUUUGUUACAAAAUAUUUCUAUUUAAAAUAAAUGCUGUUAUUUUGAACUUUCUAUUCAUUUCCAUUUCUAUUCUAUUCAACUUUUUUUUUCUGAAAAAAGCAUCAUGAUUUCCAAAGAAAAGAAGAAAUGUUUUGACCACCAAAUGAAUUCUAAAAGAUCAUGUGACACUGAAGACUGGAGUAAUGACGCUGAAAAUUUGUUUUCAGUACAUUUUAAAAUUUAAUAAAAUAGGAAACCUUAUUUUCAAUUGUAAUAUUUAACAAUAUUACUGUUUUUGCUGUAUUUUUGAUUAAAUAAAUGUAUUUAAAACCUUCAAAAAUAUUAACGGUAGUUAAUUUUUCAUGGUUUAAUUUGCUGAUGCAUAAAAGGAUGCAUUACUGAUGCAAUGAGGAGUUAAAUAAUAAACCCAUUCUGCAACAAAACUC